GUGCAGCUGAGCUCUUUGCCUGAAUGUCUACAAGUAGCCCUGAUGCUCGCCUUCUGGAAUGACCAGCAGACACACAUCUGCACAGGAGCUGCCCGACAUAAACUCUGGUUCUAAACGACCAUGUCCAGCCAAAGCCAUCCUGGUGUGGAGGGUUCUACAACCACAGUCAGCUCCGUAGCUGUGCAGGCCGGGGAUUCCAAAAUCAUUAUAGCUGUCAUAAAGAGUGGCAAAUGGAUACAACUUCAAUUGGCUGAGGCACAACCCAAUAUUCUUGAAAUUGGUAGCAGUCAAGAUGAAACCAAAAAACUUCUGCACGAUCAUGAACUUCUUUUGGCCAAGCUCAAGGCUUUAGAAGACGGAGUAUGGGAACUCCUACAGGAAGCAGACAGGACGGCGGAAGAAAACCAGGAGCAGAGCCAGGUGUACGCUGCCAUGGCCGACACCCUGGGGGACGCGUGGGCUGCCCUGGUCUCCAUGCUUGAAAGAAGACGGGAGCUCCUCCAGUUGACUUCUGAGUUUUUUGAAAAUGCCUUGGAGUUCGCUAUUAAAAUAGACCAAGCCGAAGACUUUCUCCAGAAUACUCAGGAGUUUGAGAGUGUGGAGUCCUUACAAUCACUUCUUCAGCUCCAUGAGCAUCAUACCAAAGAACUGUUAGAGCGAUCUCUAGCCCUUCUAAACAAAAGUCAACAGCUCACGGAGUUCAUAGAUAAAUUCAAAUGCGAUGGUCCUAAUGUGAAUCCUGAGUUGAUCCAGGGAGCUCAUAGCAGUUGCAUGAAGAUCGACAGCCUUCUUGAGCUUCUUCAAGACAGGAGAAGGCAACUAGACAAGUACCUGAAGCAACAGAGGCAGGAAUUGGAGCAGGUUAUGCAGAUUUGUCAGUGGGACCAGCAGGAAAAUCAGGUGACUUGUUGGUUUCAGAAGACAAUCAAAGACUUGAAAGAACAUCAUCUGGGUUCAUCACUGUCGGACAAUGAGGAGCUAAUUCAUAAGCAUGAGGAAUUGAUGAUCAAAGCAAAGGAAUGGAAUUCUGCUGUUGAGAGGCUGAGGAGGGAAGCCCUUGGGAUUCUGCUCUCAAAGGACCAUGCGGACAAAGAGCACCUACAGCUUUCUAACCAGAAACUCAGCCGGCUCCAGGAAGAACUUGGUCAGCUUAUGGUGGAAAGGGAAAGCUGGUUAAAAAAGGCAAAUGAUUUCUUCAAUAGUGCCAACAAGGCAUUUGAUGUUCUUGGAAGAGUGGAGGCUUACCUUAAGCUCCUUAAAUCAGAAAGUUUGAGUCUGCCUGCCUUGGCAGCCAGGCAUCAGGAAUUACACCGAGGCAUUGAAGACUGCACAGCUGAUGCUUUGCAGAAGGGGCAGGCAUUGAUCAGCCAAGUCGACUCCCACGGCUUUCGGGUAACCGGAAUCCACGAGAUGGUAGGAUGCAUUCAAAGACGAGUGGAUCACCUGACCGAACAGUGUUCCACGCACAAAGAAUUCGCUCUUAAGAAACAGCAAUUAACAGCCUUAGUGGAGGGUUACCUAAGGAAGGUGAAAAUGUCAAUUCAGAAAAUCAGCCCCAUACUUUCCAAUGCAAUAGAUGUCAGUUGCAGCCUGUCUGAAUCAGAGAAGAUUUUGAAUAAAUAUCUGGAACUGGAUAUCCAAGCUAAGGAAACAUCAGAGCAAUUAGAAGCAGCUGCGAAUAUCCUGACAGAGAAACAGGAAUUUGGGUCCGAUGACGUAACAUCACUUUCUUCUAAAGCUAAAUGGCUAGAGGAAGAAUUAAAAAUAGUUUCCCACAGCAUCGGACUCAGGGUCCGAGUGCUGCAGACUCAUGCGGCAUUCCUGAAGUCAUCAGCAGAGGUAGCGGAGCAGUCUCAGAGUCUUAAGGAGAUUUACCAAGCAGCCAUCUCUUGGAGGGAGGAUGAUGCUCAAGUCAAGGAUUGGUGUGACGCAGCUGAGAAACAGUGGCAGCUAUUUUUAAAGAAGAAGGUUUUCACCCAAGAUUUAGGGUUUGAGUUCCUUAAUUUAAUAACUAUGUCCCAAGAGAGUGAGAUACUGAAUGUGAGAAAUGAAGCACGCAUCAUGGGCAGCACCUUGGAGAACCAGAAGGCCGAGACGGAAGCACUGUCCUGCCUGCGGGUGGCAUGGCAGGUUAAGACCUCCGGAAACAAACCUGUGAGACAGCAGUGGGCAGCUUUCAAAGAGCAUCUCAGAAAGACGACUCACAACUUAAAACUUCUUCAGGCAGCACUUACGCCAGUGUCUGCACUAGACCUUGGAGGUACCCCCCAGUCCAUCUUAGAUCUCCGGAGAAAAUGGAAUGAAAUGAAGCCGCAGUUCCAGCAACUGAAUGAUGAGGUCCAGUACAUUGUAAAAGUAUCAGAAGAGUUAAGUGGUAAAGGAGCCCCCAUGAAAGAGAAGGCAGAACAACUGAGGGACCUUAUUCACCUCCAUCAAAAGCAGAAAGAGAGAAUGCAAGAUUACGAAGAUAUCCUGUACAAGGUAGUCCAAUUCCACCAAGUAAAGGAAGAGCUGGAACAUCUCAUCAAAUCCAGAGAACUGGAGUUUCUAGAGCCGCUAAGGGAACCAGGGGGUGUUCGUGACGCCCAGGUUCUCCUCAGCCAUGCACGGGACAAGCAGGCACAUAUGGACCAUCUCCACAAGCUGGCCCUCGCCCUGGGAGUGGGCAUCAUCUCAUCAGUGCAGAAACCCAACUGCUCCAACGUCUCUGCAAAGAACCUGCAGCAGCAGCUGGACGCCCUGGAGGGGGCCUGUGUGCACUGCCGAGCCCAAGUGCAGGAAUAUGAGCGAGCCCUGGCCUGCAGCUUGCAGGACUGCAUCGCCCGAGAUGAGAUAAAAGAGCUCAAAGAGUCAUUCAAAGACGUCAAAAAGAAAUUCAACAAUGUAAAGUUCAAUUACACUAAGAAAAGUGAAAAGGCACGGCAUCUCAAGGCUCUCAAAUAUCAAAUCCAGCAAGUUGAUAUGCAUGCUGACAAAGUGCAGGCUCUGAAAAGGAAAAUGGAAAAAAUUGAGAGCAGAAUUUCUGAUCCUUUAUUAAUCUAUCCAAAUAAUAAAGUUAAUGACCUUUUGGAGGCCACAAAGGAUUUGGGAAAACAAAUGGAUGAGUUUGACAGAGUUGUGACAGAUUAUAAGAAGAAUUUGGACUUGACGGAGCACCUCCAGGAGAUGAUGGAGGAGUAUGACUUUUGGCACGAAGAUGCAAGCGCCACAGUGGUAAGAGUUGGAAAAUAUUCCACAGAAUGCAAGACGAAAGAAGCUGUGGCCAUCCUCCACCAGCAAUUCAAUAAGUUUAUCAUGCCUUCAGUGCCUCAGCAAGAAGAAAGGAUUCAGGAGAUGACUGACCUUGCUCAGCGCCUAUAUGGUUUGGAAGAAGGGAAGAAGUAUGCUGAGAAAAUAGUGGCAAAACACAAAGAGGUUCUUGAAUCGGUGACUGAAUUAUGUGGCUCUCUCACAGAGCUUGAAGAAAAACUGGAGCAGGGAGACGUUUUAAACCUAAAUCCGGAUAUGGAAGGCUUCCAUGAUGAUUGUAUUGACCUACUAAAAGAGCCAGCAAGAAAUAAGCAGACUGUGUUUAAUGAAGAAAGCAAUAAGGGCCAGACACACGUGGCAGACAUUGUGGCCACUGACGGAGCCGGAGAGGCUCAGCCUCCGCAGGGCCUGCCGCUGCAGACCUCUGCCCAAGGAAAGGGCGCGCCGCGGGGCCUGCACCUGCCUGAAGACAUGCUCUCAGCAGAGGACGAUGAGUGCGUCUCACCGGAUGACAUCUCUCUGCCUCCACUCCCAGGAAGCCCCGAGUCCCUCCUGGCACCGUCUGACAUGGAGGUGGAGGAGCCACCCAGCACCUCCUCCCUGGGCCUUCCCCUGAGCAGCUUCAGGAUGCAGACGAAGAGCAGCAGCCCACGGGAAGCCCAGGAAUCUGUUCUCCCACCCCCUGUGGCUUUUGCGGACCAGUGCCACGCUAAGACUGAAAUGUUUUCGAGUCAUUUUGAGAGACCUGGCCCCCAUCUCAAAGCGGAGACCCCAUUAACAUCCUGGGGAAUUCUGGAAAGGAGCACUGUCUCCAGCAGAAUCCGUGCUAACCAUCCAGCUGGCAUGCUGAAUGACAUGCAUGAGAUUGCUUUACGGCAGCACCCGCCGCCUCGGGGAAGCUUGCUAGGAGCACAGGAGAAAAUGCAUGCUGAUAGUCAGGCCCCUAAAACCCAAGCCAGGCUGCAUGCUUCCCCUGACACCUCCUCCAGCCUCGGGUUUCAAUCAGACACCAACAGGGGCUAUCAGAGGCCAGUGGUUCCCGGAGAAGAGGUUAAAAGUAUAUCCGCCAAGAACAGAGUGGUCAGCCUAGCUGGCCAGGCACCCAAGUUCUCCAGGCUCCUGUCUAAUGUCACUGUCAUGGAAGGUUCUCCAGUGACUUUGGAAGUUGAAGUAACAGGAUUUCCAGAGCCUACACUGACAUGGUACAAGAAGGGCCGGGAAUUGUCUGCUGAUGGUCACUUACAGGUUUUACAUGCGGAGACAAGGCACUCACUGUUCAUUGCACAGGUAUGCGAGGCAGAUGCUGGCCUCUACGUGGCUCGGGCCCAUAACUCUAGUGGCACUCUCUCUUCCAGCGUCUUCCUCACCGUGACAGGUAACUGCAGGCCACCAAUCACAAGAAUGAACUGGAUAAUGCUGGGUGUCAUCUAUGUCGGGGUGUCCUUUAUGUACUGGCUGCUUACAUGAUGGAUGGACAUCAUUCUCAGGAGCCUCAUGGACAAUGCAGUUGUCUCUGUCCCUGGACUUCCCCCAAAGCACUCCCCAGCAAGUGUACCUCCUCUCUACUAAUAUGGAUAAUACCACUGCUUGGUAAAAUAACAGAAUGGUCUUCAGUACGUUAAUGCUUUUGUGGCACUUGGUAAAUUAUUUUCAGUGACUAAGGAUCUAUUUUAUACUUCCCAAAGAGAUGUAUUCAGUAACAGGUAUAGUAAAAUUAUGCAUGUUUAUUCUCUCCUAAAGAGAAAUCAAAGACAUGCAAAUCAAGUCUCACAUCAGUAUACAGAUGUGCAUUUAAUUUCAAAUCCAAUUGUUUGAUAAUUUAUUUUUAUUCCCAUAAACAUCUCUUUGUAGGGAAUGACAACAGAAACAUUUAGCCAACGUUGUAAACUUCAUUGCUGCGUUAGUUGUCGUUUCAUUUUUAAAUUUUAAAAAAUGUAGCUGUCAUUUCAUUUUGAUAUUCAUACCUUGAUCUCACUUAUUGAAAUUCACUUUAUGUCCUUUCAACAUAGAUUGCGUUCUCGAGUCUGAAGGUGUCGCUGUAAAUAAUCAUUUCUCACGCUGCUCUUGUGGGUUUGGCAGUGGAGAAUAGAUGAGCUGUCAACUUUAAAUGGAGAUUCCAAGUCCCAUCAGCUCUGCAUGUCACAGAGAAAGCUGGAACCUGGGCUAUGGUGAUGGACCAGCUAUAGACCCGCCGUUCCUCUGAAGUGUCUUAGGUUGCCAUAGACACAGCUACAACAUGGUCCUCCUGUUUCAAAUACUGGUUCUGCAGCCUGCUCUAAAGCCUAUCAGUGUCUCGGUUUCCCAUCAGCGAGAUGGUUUGAUUCAUCAGAUACCCCUCAGGCCGUGGAGCUUUCAUUGUCCGUCUUUCAAAUCCUGGAACACGGAGAACUCCGUGGAGAUCAGGGCAACCAUCUGAUUUAUAAUCACACCAGCCUCCUGGGCAUUAUUUUUCUCAGAUGCUGUUUCUUAAGAAUAUUAUAUGAAAGGAGUAGUGUUAGCAUGUGAUUUUGAACUGUUUCCAUGGUGGAGGGAAGGGUACCGAUGAUGUUUUACCAAUUGGAGAGUAAAUUCCUUUCUCAUUUCUUGAAAAUAAAUCCUUUUCAAAGAUUUGAUCAUAAACUCAGAGGGUAGAUUUAAGAUGUUCUAUGGAAAAAAUAUAUAAUAAUAUUGUUUAAGAUAAACUCUAUCCUCGUCUUACAAUUAUCAUUGUAAGAAUGGUGUUCUAUGCUUUUUUUUGGAAAUUUAUUAUUCAGUAAGUUUUCUUUUAAAAACAAGCAUGAAUAAGAGGCAUUUGUUUUUCAAAUUUCAAACAUAGUCUUGUCAUGCUAGGGCAAAAGCUUUACUUGAAAUAAUAAUGAAUUACAGAUUUUUGAUGAUGGGAAGGAAUUAAUUAUGCUGCUGGAAGACUGUACAAAUAAUCAAAAUAUUUAAAUGCAAUAUAUUCAAGUUAAUAUUAAAAAGUUACUGAAUGUUGUCUGAAGAUGUGAAAUAUGUAGUCAAGUAAAUAGUUGGCAUAUUUUUCUUGUGCUGCAUAUUUGAUUUAAUUAGAUUUUUUCUUCUAAUUUUAUUCCACAUUUUAAUAGAAAUCUAUUAAAAGUUUAUGUAUCCUAGAGAA